AUGGAUACCGACGAGAAAUCGCAAACGCUGGGUUCCUCAUCGCGACCGAUCUCAUCACCUCUCAGCCCUACCUCUGAUUCAGUCACCAUCACUUUGAAAGACUUGGGCCCUAGUACCAGUGCUACGUUGGCCCGAUUUUGCAACGAUUCAGACACAGUAGCCAAAAGCUUUUGGAAGUGCCGUAUCGCCGACUACAGUCCGUCAGGUAUUUUUCCCAAAAAUGGAAUCGCCAGCUUCCUACUGGACACAGACGACGACACGUCUAGAGUGGAUUUCUACAUGUCGGAGAUCAAGCCUUUGCGGCGGGGAAACGCUGUGUUUCACUUACAAUACGCUUACACCGCAUAUUGUCGCCCGAAGGUGGUUUCGUUCACAAACUACGCGCCCGCAGUUCUUAAUAACAACAACCUCUUCUCAGCUGAUGCGCUACGAAGACGCACAGCCAUGCACGGCCACUACUAUGUUGGCGACUGGUCUUGUUUGCUUAGUAAGCCAUCUUCCUUGUUGAGUUGCGGUCCUCAGCUUAAAAGCCUCUUUGUGAACGAUGCCAAGCCAGGCAUCACGACGCCAUAUCUGUACUAUGCGAAACAUGCACUCACUGGAAGCGGCAUGCAUAUAGAGGAUCUCGCUGUACCGUCAAUCA